AGAGCCACCGUCCGUUAAAACUCUUGGUAAUGGAGCAUAAACUAGCUACUGCUGAGAAAAAAGUGCUAGUAGACUUGGUGAAGCUAGUUCAGAAACGUGGUUUAGAAGGCGAAAACGGAGGUUGGAAGGAGUUUUUAAAUGUUUACGACAAAAAAUUCGGAUCGAGUUUGAGUGAUCCUUCGAGACGUUCCAAUGAUGUUUUGGUCGCUUUUCUUUUGACCUUCAAAAAGAAAGAAGAUUUGCUGCUAAUAGCUAGGGUUAUGCAAUGUGGUGCUAAUCGUGAACUAAUUGAGAAAUUCAAGCAAGAAUCUCCGGACAAAGAGACUCCUGAGCAGAGGCUAGUUCGAUUGACUAUUACGCAUAACGCUUACCCUACAAGCUAUUCGUUUCCUUCCUACGCUGAGGAUUGGUUUGUAACUGAGCUUGGAAAGAAGAAGUCGAAAGUGAUGAAAUCAACUAGAAUGCUUGCUAUUGAUUGUGAGAUGGUUACCUGUGAAGACGGGAGCGAAGCUGUAGUUAGAGUUGGCGCAGUGGACCGCGACUUAAAGGUGGUUCUUGACAAAUAUGUGAAACCGGACAAACAGGUUAUUAACUAUAAGACUGACAUUACUGGAGUUACUGCUGAGGAUCUUGAGAGAGCUACUCUAUCUGUAACAGAUAUUCAAAAAAAAUUGCGGAGGUUUCUUUCUAAGGGAACUAUUUUGGUAGGUCAUGGUUUGCAUAAUGAUCUUCAAGUGUUGAGGAUAGAUCAUGCGAGAGCUGUUUUGGGUCAAGAACUGAGAAUGCCUAAUGCUGCUCACAAUUGUGUUCAUGACGCAGCAGCUUCCAUGAAACUUGUACUUGCUGUUUUAGAAAAAGGAGUAGACACUACAAUCCAAAAAUCUGAAGAAAUGCUGGUGGCUGAGAAGAAAAGACAGGAGGAAAGACAGGAAGCUGGUAAGACACAGCUCUUCCUUCAUAAAAUUCCUCUCGAUGUUCCAUCUGAAGAUUUACAAGGAGUUCUUAAAGGGGAUUUCACACUCGAAGUUAAGCCACCAAAAAAAGAAGGAGGUUAUCCUACUGCAGUCGUUGAUUUUAAUAGUCCCGAAGAAGCAAAUGAAGCAUUUGAAAAUGUUGAAGGAGACGUAACUAAGGAUAAAUCAGGCUUGCCACAAAAAAUGGUUACAUUGAAGCUGAGUUCUGGAUUAGUAGCUAGUUUAUAUGUUCGUAAAAUGGUUAAAGAUGAUUCUCUGAGUGAAAUCUCUACAACCAAGAGAGCUCGAACAGAGGAGAACAAUGUGAGUUCUAAGAGACAGAAGACAGAAGAUGAUUCUGAGGAACCCAAAGAAGCAAAUGUAAACCAAAAAGAGGCUGAUAAGACAAAGCUCUUCCUUCAUAAAAUCCCUCACGAUGUUCCAUCUCAAGAGUUACAUGGAGUUCUUAACGGGGAUUUCACACUCGAAGUUAAGCCACCAAAAAGAAAAGGAGGUUAUUACAAUGCAGUAGUUGGUUUUAAUAGUCCAGAAGAAGCAAAUAAAGCAUUUGAAAAUGUUGUAGGAGACGUAGCUAAGGAUAAAGCGGGUUUACCACAAAAAAUGGUUGCGUUGAAGCUGAGUUCUGGCUCAGGAGCUAGUUUAUACGUUCGUAAAAUGGUUCAAGAUGAUUCUCCGGGUGAAAUCUCUACAACAGAGAGAGCUCCAACAGAGGAGAACAAUGUGAGUUCUAAGAGACAGAAGACAGAAGAUGAAUCUGAGGAGACCAAAGAAGCAAAUGUAAAUCAAAGAGAGGCUGAUAAGACAAAGCUCUUCCUUCAUAAAAUCCCUCUCAAUGUCUCAUCUCAAGAGUUAGAAGGAGUUAUUACCGGCAAGUUCACACUUGAAGUUAUGCGACCAAAAAGAAAAGGAGGUUAUUACAACGCAUUUGUUGUUUUUAAUAGUCCAGAAGAAGCAAAUAAAGCAUUUGACAAAGUUAAAGGUGAAGCUGCUAAGGAGAAAGGUGGUUUGGCCCAAAAAAUGGUUGCGUUUAAGCUGAGUUCAGGAUCAGGAGCCAGUUUAUACGUCCGUAAAAUGGUUCGAGAUGAAUCUGAGGAGGCCGAAGAGGCAAAUGCAAACCAUUGUGAGGAUCAUUUAAAGGAAAUUGAAGAACUGAAGGAAAAACUCAAAGCUAAGGACUUUGCAAACAGCUGCGAAGGUCAUUCAAAAGAAAUUGAAGAACUGAAUCAGAAACUCAAAGCUAAGGAACAUCUGAUCCAGGCGCAGGAUAAGAUUAUAGACAACCUCAAAAUGAAACUGGAGAAGAAACAGUCAAAGUCUCGGUAAUGAUUUAACAGAAAUCAACCAUGGCUCAAGUUAGGGAGUUCACUGCACCUGUUUUUGUUGUCUGAAAUUUUUGCUGUUUUAAGGUUAAGAGAAGUCAGGAGACUAUUUUGUCUUCCAAGUUUUGUUUUAGAGCUAAGUAUCGAUUUGAAGAACUCAGAACAUCCCAUAUGAUUUUUGUAUUGUAUACAAUGAAGCUAAUGCACACCA